UUUUUUUUGACAGCGGAAAUGAGGAGUCGCCACUUUUUCCGCGUCAAGUUCGUGGCUGAAAGUUUUCUUUCCUCCUUUUUUUUCCCUCUCUGUGUGCGGAGGAACCGUCGCAUGCACGCACAAUGAGAACGAAAGCGACGGGUUUUUUUAGCAUGCAGCUUUCUCCUCUGAUGCCCAGUGUCUGUUGGUCCUCGCCGACGUCGUUUUGAGUUACUUUAGAUGCUUCUCAACACAUUUCCGUUAUGCGAAGUCCAACUUGUUGGUUAGUUGUCGUGCUGCGGUGGGUGCCCAUCCGAGAUAACGGAGAACCAGUGAUUCUCAGCCGGUCUGGUUACUGCAAUGAAUGGUAACACUAUCCAUCCAGCCAACACCACCACAACAGCAGGAGGAGGCCCUGGCGUGGCAGUGCCCCCGAGAGGCUGGAGGGAGUUCUGCGAGCUGCACGCCAUCGCCACAGCCCGGCAGCUGGCUGGACACUACCAGAGCUUCGCCCGAGAGUGGCCACAACAUGACGUGCUCCCACCAGAGACCUUUUCCAAGCAGUUCACCGACCUCUUCCAGAAGCACUUCUGCUGCGAGGUCGACAAAGAUGGCACUCCGCUCAGCCAGAACACAUCCUCUACCGCCACCGGUAGUGCUUCCUCCACAUCUCCAGUGGCCCGUCCCCUUCCAACACAGGCUGUGACUGGUCGAUCACGGAUCAAGUCUUUGUCUGGGGCGCAAGACUAUCGGGAGGCGGGCCGGCCAAGUGGAGGAGCUGCUCUGUUUGCUUUGGCUCCACCAAAAGUGGAGCAGGUGGUCGUGAGCCGGGAACAGGAGCAGCCGCUGCGAUGUGCUUCGGGAAACUCCUUGUCGGGAAAUCCGGUUGUGCUCAGAGGGUCGACUCGCAGCAUCGGCAGCGGGUCACUGCUGCUUCACAGCCAUAGCAAUGAGGAGAUCUCUGGCGCAGAUCGUCGUCAGGUAUCUGAACGGUACUCAUCUGACUCCUCAGCCUCCAACCCUGGCCACGCUGAUGUCACCCACUUCUCUGUUAGUCAAAUCCAGAAGACCGUAAGAAGGAUUUUCAAGAAACAGCCGCCCAGCCCCCCCUCAUCCCAGGACCUGUCUCCUAGCAGCCCUAACCCCACCAACAACAGCAACAAUCCCCAAAAUAAUGGUGACAGAGUGGGUGGGAUUUCCUCCACAAAUGAGGACGUGUCAUCAUCCUCCUCUUCUUCCCACUCAUCCUCUUGUCUGAACUCUGAGGGCAACCCCCCAGGUGCUUCAAAUUGGUCUGUGGCUGCAGUAGCCUCUCACUUCCUGGAUCGUUUACGUUGGUUCCACAGCAGAAGCAUGAGGCAGAGGAGGUCAGAGGUGAGCGGCUGCUGUAAGGAGGGCCAACUGAGGUACUUACUGGUGGAUGACACUAUCUCAGACUCUCAGCCCCGCUGGCAACGCUGCCGCCUGCUGGUCAGGAGGAUCAGGGACAUUCAAGGAGGAGGAGGAGGAAGUGGAGGAGGUGGAAGAGGUGGAAGAGGAGGAGGGGAGAGGUACCAGUUGGAGCUCUAUGAUCCUCCAAAGGCCUCCAGUCCCAAGCUGACAACUCAGUGCUGUGAUAUCCAAGAAGUACGUCGUUGCAACCGUCUGGAGAUGCCCGACAACUUAAACACAUUUGUUUUAAAGGUUAAUCGCGGUAGUCUGAUAUUUGAGACCGACAACGACCAGCAGGUCAGCUCCUGGACCACAGAGCUAAAAGAAUGUAUCAGCAACAGGUCAGGCACUGUGGAUCUGGAGCCUCUCCCCUCCCCAGCUAACAGCUCUGUUCCAGCCAAUCGCAGAGGAAGCUCAGCGUCAGCAAGUCAAAGCCCCGUCACCUUCACCCUGCCAGAGCAGGUUAUCCAGAAGACAGAUCACUUCCUCUUCUCCUACCCAUGGUUCCACGGGCCCAUCUCCCGCGUCAAGGCGGCCUACCUGGUUCAGAGCUCUGGACCGGAGGGACAUGGAGUGUUUCUGGUCCGACAGAGCGAGACCCGCAGGGGAGACUACGUCCUCACGUUUAACUACCAGGGAAAAGCAAAGCACCUGCGCCUCUCUCUAACAGAAUGGGGUCAGUGUAGGGUGCAGCACCUGCGCUUCCCAUCUGUAAUGGACAUGCUCAGUCACUUCCGCCUCUUCCCCAUCCCACUCGAGUGUGGAGCCGCCGGUGCCGUCACGUUGUCCAGUUUCGUAGUGGCGGGCUCCAGCCCUCCGUCACAGGGUCAGCUCUCAGGCGCUCUCCUGGUCCCUUUCUCCCUCCAUCGGUGGAGCUCUGAGCCCAGCUUGGCUCACUGCAGCUUGGAUCGCAGCUCCAGUCAGCCCCCUUCGUCCUGCUCCAACACCAACACCACCUCCAGUCCCAGCUCUGUUUCCCAGCCAGGAAACCACCCCCCAAUUCGCGCCAACCCUGUCCCUGACCCUCCUUCGUCGGCCCCCGCUCCUCUGCGUCGGAGCGAGUCAGUGGGGAGGAGGCCUCUGCUUCGCCACCCCAACACCCACACUCCCAUCAUCCCUCAGCGGGACUCAGACUAUGAGCUGGAGCCUGAGCGGGGCCGGAAGCGGGCGAUAGACAACCAGUACAUGUUGCUCUGACCGGCUGAGUCAAACACCUCCAUCACCUCUGAAAGACAGGAGUCACCUGUGAAGUCAACACACACACACACACACACACACACACACACACACACACACACACACACACGGUCGUGUGUACAGACACAUUUUGUCACCCCACCAACCCAGCCUCAGGUGGGUGUGAGACACGAUCACAGCAGACUCAUGAACUUGAGCGAACAAGUCUUUGUCUGAUGAAUGCAUAGCACUGUGUAUGUCAAAACAUACACACACUCACUAUGCCUGAGCUGAGUGUGUGUUUACCAGUGUCAGACCCUCACAACAACCUCCACCCUGAGUGUCCACAGUGAAUGUAUUUUUGGGAGUUUUAUUACAGUGUUGACAAUAAUGAUUAUUCUUGUUUUAUUGAUGUUGAGGGUCCGUGUGAGAGAAGGUUAGCCACACGUGUGGCUGCCCUCGAGCCCGAAAAAAUAUUUUUAAGUAUUUCUAUUCUGAUGAAUUCAACGAGGUGCGCUUGAUUUAACUUCUUUGGCACUUAACCUGAACUGAUGGGAAAGCACUGCCUGCAGAACUGGUUAAAUCAAGUGCCCCUUCUAAAUAUUUAAAAGACAUUUACUCUUCACACAAAGUUCCCAGUGUGGAGCAAACUCCUUUUUUAUAAACACAAACAAAAAAAAACACUCUAUUUUAGAGUGUUAUUACAUUCUAGUAGAUAUUCCUCCCCUUGCGCAUUAUUAUAUAUUUAAGUGCACAACGCUUUCAGUGCACUUUGGAAACAAUGUGUAUAUUUUCUAUACACAGAUUCUUUUGUAGAAAAAUUAAAAAUAAAUAAAGUAAAAAGGGGAAACUUGGUUAAAGUCAGUCAGGGCAGCAUUUUCUAGAAACUUAUCGAGCACCGCUUCCACUCCGUCAAAACUUCGCUGAAGCAGAGAACCACAGAAAUGAUUCAAGAUUAGCUUUCGUCAGCACUGUUUUUGCCUGAAACAGAGGGAACUCAUCGCUGUUUGUGGUGUGUGUGUAUGUGUGUGUGUAUGUGUGUGUGUGUGCGUGUCUGUGUCUGUGUCUGUCUGUCUGUCCGUCUGUCCGUGUGCGUGUCUGGAUGCGUCCAUUGUAAUGUAUGUGAGAUGAGUGAAGUGUAGUUGUGCUGAUCUCAGUGUGGUACAGAGUCUGUGUGAUUUUUGUCUCGCAGUAGUCACUGCUGGCUUUUCCAAAAUCAGCUUCAAGUCUCUUUCUAGUGUCACGUUACAUUUCAAGCACCAAAGGCAUUAUGUGCACAAAAUUUACAUCGUCUGACAGAAAUAAUUUCUGCCACAAAAUCAAAGAAAAUGGAAUGAUGUAAUAACAAUAACAUAUAUGUAGUUGGAUAUUAUUACCUUAUAUCAACUCAUCUUUCCUCAUACUCAUUCACAAAACAUAUUUUUGUGCUGCUAAAUUAUUGAAAAAUUAAAAAUCUAAGACUGGACAACAUCAGCUUUACUGAUAUUAAUUAUACUAAAGUAAUUUCACUCCUUUGUAUUGAUUUUGUGGCAUAAAGCGUAUUGUGUGUCACCAAAAUGAGACUUGGCACCAAGAUGUAUUCUUUUACACAUAAAGUAAAAAUAGGCGACCAAUAAAAGACAUAAACUUGAAAGGCUUCACUCCAAAGACCGUGAGAGGGGGAAACCAAAAACAAAGUGGGAAUUAAAUCUAUGUCAAUAAAUGAUAUGCCUAAUCUUGUCGUUUGAACUUUGUGUGGACUCUCCACCAAAGUGAGCGUCAGAGCGCCGGAAACUUUUAAAAAUGUUUGUUUCACAUCAGUUUUGUGAUGGUUUGAGAAUCUAGCAUUAGACCCCUAAAGGGCUUUUAAAAGUGGAUGGUGAUAUGAUGCAACUGCUGAAAACCAGAGCGACACUGACAUCACACAGGUGCCUCUGUAGAUGUUAACAUGUAUUUUCUUACAGCUUUAGGCAAAUCUUGAUUCUGGGAGUGGCAUCAUGUCUCCAGCUCUACUUUCUUUUUUCUUUUUUUACACUCAUAGCAUUAAUUCUUCACCACAGCAGCUAACAGUUAAACCAAGGAUGGACUGUGAAAAUAAUGUAUUUUUACAAUCUACAUUUUUUUUAACAGAACUUCCAUGUUUUUAAUUAGAGGCUUUGUGAGGAAGGUUUUGUUUCAGUCAGAAAAGCUUUGAAAGUGACACGUGAGAUGUCACACACCAAUGAUCAGACAUUGUUCUUCAUGUUUCUGCGCUCUUUGACUAGAUUUGAUGAGUCAAUAAUUUCAGGUGCCUUCCAAGUUUGUCAUCAUUCUUUUAGAGGUUUUAACCACCAGUUUAAAGCUGCACUGACUAUAAUAGAUAGAUAAUAGAUAGUACAUCACUCAACUUGGGUGUGAAUUUUAUUGUCAUACAUUUUUUUUUCUACAGAAAAACACCAAACAAACAAGUCUUUAUCAAAGAAAGCAACUCUCAUCUGGUGUCCAGUUUGUUUGUGGUGUUUCAUCUCAUCCACCAUCAGGUCCGAGUUUCCUCAAAAGCACCUAAAAACCUGAUUUUAACCCAAACUGAUCUGAACCUUGUGGUGAUUCUGUCCUUGAGCCAGAAAUUAAAAGAUCAGCUUGUGGCCUCAUCAGAUUUGUUUCAGAUUCGCUCUCUCUUUUGAACCUCGUCUCUCCUCUUGAAGAUGGAAACCUUCAAAAACAUUUUAUUUUUGGAAAACAGAUGCAGAAUAUCCCAUGAACAGUGAUCACUUGUUCACAUAAAAGCAGUAGUAAUCUAAUUUGCCCAAGGAUGAAAUGUCAAAUUGUCUGUAAUUUUGUCUCAGUUAACUGAAGCUUCACUUCCAUUAGCUGCGGGAUGCCUGUGGGGAAUAGUGUGCUAGGACUUGUCCGUUUGUCUUCUAACCUUGCUUUAACACUAACUUCAGCAGUUGAUUUUAGAUUUACCUUCAGUAAACCUGUGCUUGAUAUAUGGUUUAGACUUGAUUCUGUCCGUCUGCCCUCUUUAUCAUUGUAGUUACCUGUUUUUUCUUUUUCUUUUUUUUUUUUUCUUUUAAAGAGAAAUACAUAAAUGCAACUUCAUUUCCUCAUGAGUGAGUCCUCUGUGAUUACUCCUCUUCUUACGCAAUAAGUCAGCUUUGUCUACCAAAGGAACAUUUUUUACAAUGGUUGUAUAGUUCUCUUUAAAUGUAUCAUCAUGAUCAAGACUGACAUCUUUGAAGUGUUUAUAAGGGGAACAAAAACAAGGACGUUUUUGGCAAAAGUACGGUUGGUCUUCCUGCCUUUAUGCGCCCGAGUCUAAACAAAUCCCUCAUCACCUCUUUUUCAUUUCUGCUAAACAAAAGCAACGGUAACUAACUAUUUUGGCUAUCAGUCCCCUUUCUAUGCUGAUUUUCUGUUGUUUUUUUAUUUUUUAUUUCUUUUAGGGAGAAUGACUGUGCCUUUGCCAGAAAGCUGCUGUUGCUUUUCCCCUUUUCAAAAGCUCAGGGUGUGAUGUGGUGCAAAACUUGUGUAGUGCAAUAUCUGAGAGAUGCUCAGUGCUUCACACCUUUUUUUUAUGCAUGUAGGGAGCGAUCAGAGGCUUCUAGAUGGAUGAAUUAAUUGGGUGAGAAUUCAAUGUUAAAAAAAUAUUUGACAAUGCCACAUUUCCCAGAACAUUUUGCUGUUGCUUUAUGGCUUCUAAUUUUGUUUCGUGGUUCACUCCAGUUUGUCUCCAGAAUCGAGUUAAUGCUAGAGAAGAUCCCAGUGUACCUCAGGUGUCUUUAAUCCUCAGCAUCCACUCCAGCAACACCUUUAGUGCCCCCCCCCCCCAUGUGUACAUUAAAAUGUCCAGUUGAUGAAUGUAAUGUGUUCUCAAUACUGUUCAUUCUGUUUCCUUUUUUGAACUUCGCACUGUAAACAUUCCAGUUUAACUCAUCAAUACUUCAACAAUGAAAUUGUGGAACAAUGAAAAAGAAUGAAAACAAAAACAGCUUUUACAAUCUGUCAUUGUGUUUGCAUCCCUUUCAGUUAUAAGCAUCUAAAUUAUAUUAAAUAUAUAUCAACUGUAUAUUUGACUUUUUGUAAAAUAAACCUAACCAAAAAAAAAAAAAAAAAAAAA